AUGGUUGCUCGUUGUGUUCCUUUGAUUUUGAAUAAUUCUAAAUGGAGAGUUAAAGAUGGUGAUAUUUUUUUCUGGUAUGAUAAAUGGAGGGACAAUGGUCCUUUGUGCAAUGAUCGGCCGAUUGUGGGUCACCCUUUGCUCAAAAUUAAAGAGUGUCAGUUGUCAGAUAGUUGGGAUGUGAAUCUCCUAGAGAAUUUUGUCGGAUUAGAGAAUGUGGAUCAUAUUGUUGCCUCUUUAUCCGGGGCUAAAUUUGGGGAAAGAUGUUCUAGUUUGGACUCCAUCAGAGACAGGGCUUUGAGUGUUGAUGAUAGAUUGCGUCGUGUUGGCAUCCCUAUUGUUCCCAAAUGUCAUUGUUGUAUUGCAGGGCAUUAUGAAGACAUUAAUCACGUUCUCAUUGAGGGAGAUUUCCCAAAACAUAUAUGGUCUUUUUUUGGUAACCUUUUUGGACUUCCAGUUGGUAGUAAUUCGAAGUUGCAGGUCUCCUCUUGGUUUCGGCAUGCUCAGGCAAAUUCUCAGGAAAUUGAAAAUCCUUAUAGUUUAUCCAGUUAUGAUGCCAUGAUACUUGAGGCUUUACAAAUUCAACCGGUUUUGUUAAAGGUAAGGCAAUGCAAAUUAAUCAAGUGGCAUAAACCGCCUUCAGGGUGGUUUAAAUUAAAUACAGAUGGUAGUAGUCUUGGGAACCCAGGUGCUAGUGGUAUUGGUGGAGUUAUUCGUAAUGAUCAGGGUAGGCUUAUGCAGGCUUUCGCCUCUCCUAUUGGUCCUGGCACAAAUAAUAAAGUGGAAUUAUUAGCGCUUCUUACUGGUUUGAGACUUUGCAAAUCUCUUCAUAUUUUGAAUGUGAUUGUAGAGGUUGACUCUUUGGUGAUUAUCUCUUGGUGGAAUAGGGGGAGGUGUGGGAUUUGGUACCUGGAGGAUUAUUGGGAAGAAAUUGUUAGUUUGGCUCAAGUCCUUACUUGUCGGUUUCAACACGUGUUACAAGAAGGAAAUAAGAUGGCUGAUUGGUUGGCAAAGGAGGGUGCCAAUGGCGUCGAUUUGACCUAUACUAAUAAUUCUAUUUUGCCUUAG